AUGACAAGGCUACUGGUACUACUAGCACAGAGCUUGGAAAGAAUCAGCAAAUCUACAAAGGUCUGUAUGGUCGCAUCAAACAAUCAAGAUUUCUUGGCACCACCAAUAAUACAUCUGACAGUAUGGCUGGGAUGGUACCAAGCCGUUGUUGGCAGAUUGCAACAAAUGCACACAGAGGGAGGAAACUUAUCUGCGUCUUUGACGGAUUCUCAAUCUGAUACACUAGUGCUACUACACCAAAUUGCCAACGACGACAACAUUGACGAAAAGGAUGUUGGCUUUACUCUAUGCCCCGCAUUGCCGCAAUGA